AUGACUUCAACAUCGUUGGGAAUAAUAUAUUACGGGGAUAAAAUCAGAGAGAAGCCUCCAGGAGAGGAUAAGAAACCGCUUUUCUGGUCGCCCUUGGACAAGAGCCCCGAGGAGAAAGAGAAGCAAAACAAAAAUAAUGAGGCAGAAAAUACUGUUGAAAGCAACGGGACCUUCAACAUUAGUGAGAAUGAUUUCUUCGCAAUUGAAAGCAUGGAUAUUGGGAUUCACGAUGCUUACAACGAAGAAGGUGGAGGUGGCGUUGAUGUUCAUCAACCAAGGAGGGGUCGAAACCACAACACAUUUGUGGCAAUACAUUUUAUGCAAACAAAGGCAAGCCUGUUGGGAUUAGCAAAGUUGGCAACAAGUACAACAAGAAGUCGAGCAUACCAAUUCUUCUUGGUCUUCUUGUUCUUCUAG